AUGGGUAAGAAACCAGUCUCGGCAGCCUACGUCUUAGGCGUAGGUCUCACCAAGUUCAUCAAACCUCGAGGCAAAGUCGACUACACCGAACUCGGCUUCGAAGCUGGCAUCAAAGCCCUUCUCGACGCCCAAAUCAACUAUGACGAUGUUGAACAAGGUGUUGCCUGCUACUGCUACGGCGAUUCGACCUGCGGCCAACGCGUCUUCUACCAAUUCGGCAUGACCCAAAUUCCCAUCUACAAUGUCAACAAUAACUGCUCGACCGGCUCGACAGGCCUGCAUAUGGCGAGGAACAUGGUCAGUCAUGGAAUGGCGGAUUGCGUGAUGGUCGUGGGCUUUGAGAAGAUGUUUCCGGGGAGUCUGCAGUCUUUCUACAAGGACAGAGAGGAUCCGUGUAGGACGACGGGGGAGAUGAUGAGGGUGACGAGGGGGAGGACGGACGCACCGGGGGCGGCGCAGAUGUUUGGCAAUGCGGGAAGGGAGUACAUGGAGAAAUACGGCGCCAACGCAAGCGACUUUGCCGAAAUUGCCCGCAUAAACCAUCUCCACUCAGCCAAGAACCCCUACUCCCAAUUUCGUGACGUCUACACCCUCGAUCAGAUACUUUCUUCACCCACCAUCCAUUCGCCCCUCACAAAACUCCAAUGCUGCCCCACCUCCGACGGCGGCGCCUCCGCUAUAGUCGUCUCCGAAGACUUUCUCGCCGCUCGUCCCCAUCUCCGUUCUCAAGCCAUACAAAUAGCAGGCCAACACCUCGCCACCGACAGACCUGAUCUGUUCGACCACUCCGCUAUCAAUCUGAUGGGUUUCGGAAUGACACAGCAUGCCGCACGCACUGCCCUGGCUGAAGCGGAGGUUGAUCCGAAAGACGUAAGGGUGUGCGAGUUGCACGAUUGUUUCUCAGCGAAUGAGAUGAUCACGCUCGACGCUCUUGGUCUUUGCGACCCAGGCAAAGCACAUGAGAUGGUGCGAGCGGGAGACAUAACAUACGGAGGUCGCUGCGUGGUCAAUCCCUCUGGGGGCCUCAUAUCAAAGGGCCACCCUCUCGGAGCAAGCGGCAUCGCGCAGUGCGCGGAGCUCGUCUGGCAGCUGCGCGGCUGGGCCAACAACCGGCUAGUCGAGAACACCAAGGUCGCGCUGCAGCACAAUCUCGGUCUUGGAGGCGCCGCGGUAGUGACGGUUUACAAGAGGGCGGACGGGAAGACGAAUGAGGUCGUGCAAGAUCGAGAUGUCAAAAGCAAGACGUGGGUUGGGUACAACCCCGCGGUUGAGGCCAAGGGGUUCACGAAGGCGCAGGUGGAUAAAGUGAGGAGUAAGAAAUCGAGGAGCGAAUGGGCGUUGCAGGAUACGGAGAAGAAGGUCCAGGCGAGAUUUUGA